AUGACACUUGAACAUCUAUCAGAAGUGAUCCUUAAACGAAUAAUAUCCUACAUUGUCGAUAAUGUGCACAGGGUCUACCUCAUUUGGUCAUGCCGUCGAUUCUAUUUGGCAAGGGACAGACUGCUCUGGUUCCGUACUGACCUGUUCAGCGAAGAGACACAACAAAUACGACUCCUAACAUCUCCCUCAUCACUAUCCACUCAACUCAAGCAACUACACGAUGAGCUCCAGUCAAAGAAAUCAUCAACAUACAUUCACUAUGGACACACUCCAAUCACUUUGGCUGUGAUACCUCGUGCCACACAACAUGUUGUACUUGGUUAUACAUACAACACGCAGUUGGUGGCCAAUGCAUUGGAUGGCAGUGAGCUUCAUUCAAUCACUUUUGGAACAUCAUUUAAUCAACCGAUCACUUUGGACUCACUUCCAAAAGGUCUGACGUCACUCACAUUGGGCAGGAGCUUCAACUUACCAUUGCAGUGUGGCGCGUUUCCAUCGACUCUUCGUCAUCUUGUAUUUGGGUUCACAUUCAAUCAACCGAUCGGGCCUGGCUGCCUACCCGAACACCUCCAAUCACUGUCAUUCAACUACAGUUUCAAUCAGCCACUCAAUCGCGAGACAUUCGCCGGCUGCGACUCCCUCACACAUCUGACCUUGUCGGCCAUGUUCAAUCAGGUGAUCGCGCCUAGCUCGCUCCCAGCAUCCCUUCGCACAUUGAUCUUUGGUCGCGACUUCUCCAAAGUGUUGGCGGCAGGUGCGCUACCGCCACGCUUGGAAACGCUUGAGUUUGGCAGAAACUUCUCACAAGACAUAGCGCCAGGCACCUUGCCGGCAAGCUUGGUCACGCUGGUAUUUGGAAUGGGAUUCAACUGCAAGCUGCAUGCGACAGAGCUGCCGAACCUCAGACGGAUGUCCACACCAAGGAUGGUGACUACACUGUCUGCGCGGGCACUCAUCCGACUCGACCUGAUCUCGCACUUUGCCAUCAACAUCGCGCCACAAUCGCUGCCCUAUCCCGCCCUGACGCAGCUCAGUCUGCAUGGAUGUCAAGAGUUGGCGCCGGGAAAGAUACCGCGCACGGUCACCAAGCUUCACCUGGAGACAGCCACGUACCGCCCGCUCACCAAGGCCAUGUUGCCAGGCGGUCUGCUCAAGCUCACGUUUGGCCAUGGCUUCACACAGGCGAUCACCAAUGACUGGCUGCCCGUGACAACACGAGCGGUCACUAUAAAGGAUAUUCCGCCAAUACCCGCCAAGAACAAACUGACACAACUUCGUUGGCUGGCAGACACCAACAUCAAACAUGUCAAGGUCAAGUGGAGUGGCUUGCCGCCCAACGUAUCCCUGUCGAUCGCCGUCAUCAAUGAUCGAUUUGCACUCGCACUAUGUCAACCAACAUUACAAGGAGGCUAUAUCAACAUUGAUCGCAUUACAAACGGAUCAAUCUUUGUCGAUGUCAUAUCCCACCUCCUACAAAUAGACAGCUACAAUGAGCGACCCUUUGGCAUUAAUGUCUAA